GUCGCCUCAGUGUGUUACUGGCUCGUGUGGAAGUCGGACGUACGCGCGCGCGCUCGCCUGUCAAUCCAUACUGCCUGUGGUAAAUGACAGUAGCAAUUAACGGUGAUGUGGCUAUCGUAUGAUGGAUCACCAGGUUUGAGCGGUGACGGCAGCUAAGAGGGAUGCGUGGUGUGGGGUAUAAAGACAAGACAGUAAACUUAGUGAUGACGCCCAGAUGGCUGGGUUUUGUUGGGAGGGUUUUAGCGUGAGAGUACUGUACAAGAUGUGUGUACGACCAGACACGUCCCUGAUGUUAUGGGGGAGCCUCGCACCUCUGCUGUCAUCAGCGUCGCGACCCCGUCAUCAUCUACACCAGCGAUCUUCUCCACUAAUGCCACAACUUAAAGUGACUUUGUAUAAGCUUAUGUGAAGUGAAUAGCGGCGGCGACGGUCUCUCCACAGGAGUGUAAUGUAGCGUUUUAGUGCCUCGGGAUUACAGUCACUUCUGAAAAUAGGUUUACAUACCUGAUUAUAGUUAUCGGUGCAUGUAACCCUUGAGGGUGAUACUCCGGUGGAGAGUGAAGGUGGGAUCUUGUCUCCCCCCACCCACCCCCCAGUGUUAUCAAGGGGGAAAGGGAGAUCCUUCCCACGUGUUGUAAUGGGGGAAGUAGGACAAGUGCCGCGGUGAAGUUAUCCUCUGGGUGAACGGGAAAAUUGCCGCUUAUCGAGGAAGCUGUGGAACUGGAGAGGUUUCUCAGUGUCAGUCAAGCCAUGAAUAUACUCCCGACCUUGUGAUUGUCAUGUCAGUUCCAAAGCGAAUGGAUGGUCUGCGGGCUGUAGAUGUCAUGACCAUCUUGCACGAGAAGGUGGCCUUUCUGUCUGGAGGACGGGACCAGCGGCCAGGUCCUAUUCUUACCUUCCCAGCCAGCUCUCGCAGGGAUCGUCUCAAGCAUGAUGACUAUCAUCCCCUGCUGCAGUACCUCAUGCAGAUUCCAAGCGACGAAGUUCGAGAAGCAGGCUUCACAGUAAUAAUAGACAUGCGAGGGUCAACAUGGAACACUGUCAAACCCAUCUUGAAGGAACUGGCUGAGAGCUUUACCCCACACAUUUAUUCUGUAUUCAUAGUCAAGCCAGACAAUUUUUGGCAAAAGCAACGCACCAGUAUAGGCAGUCAUAAGUACAAGUUUGAGACUAAUUUAAUAAGUGUAGAAACUCUAGCCAAGACCAUAGAUCCUAACCAAUUAACAGUCGACUUCGAUGGAACUCUACCGUAUGAUCACAACACUUGGAUUGAGCUACGAUUAGCAGUGGAGGAUUUUACGUGGCAGGCCAAUGAACUCUUGGAUCAGUUGGAAGAUGUCAGGGAUGAACUUCAGCAAAGUGACUUUGCUGAUGAUGUCAAUGGUGCUAAACGAGCUAUUGAACGCCACAAAGAAAUGCACCAAAAAGUUACCGGCAAUUUAAUUCAUGACCUGGAUAUGAUGGGUCAGAGAUUAUUGCACAGAUUAAACUGUGAUGAAGGGAGUGGCUAUGAUUCCGGGUAUUCAGGCCGUGAUAGUGCUUCAAGUCUUAUAUUAAAUAACCCGGAUUUUCAAAACAGUAUUCCGCAGAUUUUAAGUUUAAUGGAUUCUGUACACCAAGCACAGCAGCACGUCCAGCAACUAUGGCAACAUAAAAAAAUGAGACUUGAUCAGUGCUUCCAGCUCAGACUCUUUGAACAAGAUGUAGAGAAGAUGUUUGAUUGGGUGUACCAUAACCGUGAAGAGUUCCUAGUCAAUUACGUAGAAAUAGGUCAUUCUUACCAAAUAUCCAAAGAUCUUCAAGAGGCUCAUUCCCAGUUCACUGUUGCGUGUCAGAAAGUGUAUAUGAAUAUCAAUAGAAUACUUAGUGUAGCGUCCAGACUCAUGGAAAGUGGUCACUAUGCAGCUCAACAUAUUGGAAAUGUAGCGGCCAAAUUAGACCAGGUUUGGAAAGAAUUUGCCGCUGGUUUAGAUGAAAGGUCUUCAGUAUUGGCUCUGUCAGUCAUGUUUCAUCAAAAAGCAGAGCAGUAUAUUGAGAGUGUUCCUACUUGGGUGGAGAGUUGUAAAGUGACAGCCUUACCCUCGGAUAUCAUAGCCCUGGAGUCCUCCAUCCAUCUCCAUCAGUCACUGUAUGAGACUAUGUGCCAAGCAUACACUGAGGUUCACAGUACCAGUAAGAAGCUUCUCUACCAGUUGGAUCAUCUGGUACAAAUAUGUAGUCAACUGCGGCGUGAUGGCCAGAUGCGCAGCAAGCACAAGAAGCCACGAGGAAAGCCAUCUGCCUACUCUGUGACUCCAGAUGGCAAGGUUGUGUAUCGUGGUGGGCCACACCCGCAGCAGCGGGGUCCAGGGACAAGUGGUAACCCCGCAGCUGACUACUCUGAGGGUGCUAGUCAUGUCCUGGCUGUUAUUCAUGAAAUUUUAGGUCACCACAGGGCAGUUGAACAGAGAUGGUCAGAUAAGAAGCUCAAGUUGCACCAAAGAUUGGCACUUCGUCUAUUUCAGGAAGAUGUGAAACAGGUUCUUGACUGGCUGCAGACACAUGGUGAAGUCUUUCUUCAUAAAAACCCGGGCAUAGGCCGCAAUCUUUCUAAAGCUCGGAUGUAUCAGAAGAGUCAUGAACAUUUUGAAAAUGUGGCUCAGAACACGUAUACCAAUGCAGAAAAAUUAUUACAAGCAGCUGAGGAGCUUGCUCAUACUGGGGAAUGCAAUCCAGAGGAGAUCUAUAAUGUUGCUCAAAGGUUGGACUCGCAUAUUGCAAGCUUUGCAACCAGAGUGCAGCAACGACAUCGACUGCUCAAUAUUGCCGUAUUAUUUUAUACUCAUGAGAAAGAGCUGUUGUCCUGGUUGGAGGAGCUUAGUUCAGAGUUAGAAACUGAGGAGAGGGUGGAUGAAACUGCUGAUUCAGUUGAGGCAGCAGAGAGACUCUUAGCUCAAAUGACAACACAACGGGACUCCACUCUGGAUGCUUGCGUCUCCACCACCCACGAGGGAGAAGGCCUCCUUAAUGAACUGAGAUCUGCCAAUGUAGCUCCUGAAACAGGAUGUGGAUCUGUAGAGGGUGUGGAAGAAGCUUUGGAGCGAUUAGUAAAAAAACGUGACGAGUUGGAGAAUCUUUGGGCCACUCGUAAGCUUAGAUUGGAUCUGCUGCUUCAGCUGAGACUCUUCCAGAGAGAAUCAGUAGAUCUGCUUGGCCAGUUGGAUCUCUGGGCUGAGAAGUUGCAGGACACUGACUUUGGGCGAGACAUUACUGAAGCGGAACAGAUGUUGGUGCUACAUAAUGACUCGACAUCUCACAUGCAGAAUGCAACUUAUCAGGUUCUUCAAAGUGGGCAGGAGCUCUUGCAACUUCUUGAAACAUCAGGAAUCCAGAUUCGUGCUGAUGCAGAAUCAGAUGGAAAUGCAAAAGUUUCCAUGUUAUUGGAAUGUAUUCAUGAACGACAGAUGGACAUAGAGGUUCUAACAGAUAUGAAGAGAAUCAAACUAGAGCAGUGUAUUCAUCUUCUUCAGUUUGAGAAUGAAGCAAAUCAAGUAAUCAGUUGGAUCAGGAAUGGGGAAGCAGUAUUAGCAGCAAGUUUCACUAUUCCCAGUUCUUUUGCAGAAUCAAAUGCCUUGUCACAUGAUCAUGAACAGUUUCAGGUUGCGAUAGAAAAAACUCAUGCAGCUGUGGUUCAGAUUCGUCAACGGUCUUCAGCAUUGUUAGUAGGCAAGCACUAUAGUCCAGAGCAAGUCAUGGAGAUAGAGUCUAAUGUCACCAAGAGAUGGGAGAAACUGGUCACUUGUGCUGAAGACAGGUACAAAUUGGUCCAAGCUUCUAUAACAUUCUACAAAACGGCAGAACAAGUGUGUUCAGUGUUGGAAAGUUUGGAACGUGACUAUAAGCGAGAUGAAGAUUGGUGUCAGAAGGACGUGGCGGCCCCAGGUGCUACAUCCAGUCAAGGGGAACAACAACAGUCACAACCACAACAGAAACAAGAACAACAGCAGCCAGGGACUGGUCAAGGAAGCCAAACGGGGUCAGAUCGUGCAGCUUCAAUUUCUCUCCUAAUUAAUAAACAUCAGGAACAAAAAGAAGGAUUUUUAAAAGCAUGCACGCUUGCCAGACGUACUGCUGAGACUUUCUUGAAAUAUUCCAAUCGAUCUCAAAACUAUUAUAAUUUGAAGGGUGAUGUGGGGCUCAGAGGACCAGAAACCAAAGUUAGGGGUAUUUUAGAGAAUCUCAUGGCACAAGAGAAUAAGGUCCUUGACCACUGGACGCAGAAAAAAAAGAAACUAGACCAGUGUCAGCAGUUUGUUCUUUUUGAAGGAUCUGCCAAACAAGCUCUAGAUUGGAUUAUGGAAACUGGUGAGAUGUAUCUUUCUACACAUACUAAUUUGGGUGAUACCAAAGAAGAGACUGAAAAGCUAUUAAAAGAACAUAAUGAGUUCAAGGGUACAGCUAAGGACACUAGAGAGCGAGUGAAGUUAUUAUUGCUUUUGGCAGAUUCCUUGGUUGAGAAAGGCCAUGCGCAUGCUGCUGCUAUUAAAGAUUGGGUAGCACGUGUUGAUAUGGCUUACAAAAACUUCUCAGGGAGGAUGGAUAGGUACCGUAUGCAAUUGGAGAGCCGUUUAGGGAUUCAAAGUGAGGAUAGUAAAGCUUCCCUUUCUUUAGAUCGUCAUAGUGACCCAUCUCUAGAAAAUAAAGUUGGUGCAGUGGUGUCAGUGGCAGAAGUGGCAAAUAAAGAAAUUAGUGAGGAAAAGCGUAAAUCCGCUAGAAAAAAAGAACUCAUCAUGAGGGAGUUACUUCAGACUGAAAGAGUUUAUGUUAAAGAUCUUGAAGUGUGUACGAGAACUUACCUUCAUGAAACACGGCAACCUACAGCCCCAUCUGGGCUGCAAGGCAAAGAUGGUAUUAUAUUUUGUAACAUGGAGGACAUUUUGCAAUUCCAUAAAGAUAUUUUCCUCAGAGAGAUUGAAAAGUAUCAAAGUAUGCCGGAAGAUGUUGGUCAUUGUUUUGUGACAUGGGCGACAGAAUUUGAUGUUUAUGUUAAAUACUGUAAGGCGCAACCCGAGUCAAACCGUGUGCUAGUCAGUCAUUCUGGUACGUUCUAUGAAGAAGUUCAACGAAAGCACAACGUUGAACAUCCCAUCCCAGCUUACCUGAUCAAGCCAGUGCAACGUAUUACCAAAUAUCAAUUGUUGUUAAAAGAACUUCUCUCUUGUUGUGAGGAUGAAAAUCAGGGUGAGAUCAAGGAUGGGUUGGAGGUGAUGCAGAAUGUCCCAAAGAAAGCCAAUGAUGCUCUCCACUUGUCCAUGCUCGAUGGCUGUGAUGUCCCUCCCGACUCUUUGGGAGAAGUUAUUCUUCAAGAUACCUUCCAGGUGUGGGAUCCACGGCAAUUAAUCAGAAAGGGCCGUGACCGGCACAUAUUUUUAUUUGACCUGUACCUGGUAUUUUGUAAAGAAGUGCGGGAUCCCAGUGGUAACAAGACCAAAUAUGCAUACAAAAAUCGUCUUGUUACAUCUGAACUCGGUGUCACUGAACACAUGGAAGGGGAUGAAUGUAAAUUUGCGGUAUGGACUGCACGGACAGGAGUUAGUGAUGGCAAGAUGAUACUCCGAGCCAACACUUUAGAAGUGAAGCAAACUUGGGUGAGAAAGCUUAGAGAGGUCCUCCAGGAGACAUAUUUGAGCUCUGCAAUACCUUUCUCAAUGGCCAAGUCCCCAGCUAAAACUCCCAAGCAGAACCGUGUCAGCAGGGACAUGGAAGAGUCCAUAGAUGAGAGCGCAGAGAAUACUGACCGUAACUCUCUGGCCUCUUAUUCUUCAUCCAAUACAGACUCCGAUAAGGGCGGAGCGGAGGUGACCUGGGUGCUGGAGGACUGGAGCGGGACGGUCUCCGGGGAGCUGAACGUGACCCGAGGUCAGCAGGUCGAAGUCCUUGACCUGCUCCAGGCACAUACACACACCCGCGACCCCGCCGAGUGGGCGUAUGUGAGGCUCUCUCACGCCCACGACCAGGAGGGCCUGGUUCCCCUCGCCCUCCUCCGACAGCCUCCCAAGCAACAUGGCCGCGCAGAACUCGACUUGUCAGAGGGUGUGGCGGGGAGCGGCGGGGAGGGCCUGGGAGGGAGCCCCGCCCCCGCCGGUGGCGGCUCCUCCCCCGUCACCAAACGCAAGGGCUUCUCCAGUCGAAAAUGGUUACCGCCUCCUCUUCGCAAGUUGAGCCAAGGUCGCGUGGACCGAGUGACCUCACCCUCGACCGCAGCCCCUCUGCUUGACCCCCCUCACAGACCCGACCACCCCCACACCAGGCAGGAACACGCCCACAAGCACCAGUUCAGGAAGGCGUAUUCCGAACGCAGAUUUAAGGUUGGCGGGACAGGCGACAUGGGAAACAAGGCCGGGGCUCAGAGCCAGUCAGAGGAGGAGGCUGAUGUGGUGCCUGCUGCCAGAGUGCCGCCCCUCACCUCUCACCCAGGCAGUGCUUCUGGAACAAGUCGAUCACUGUCAGUGGAAAAUGGUGAGGAAGGUGAGUUGGAGAUGGAGCUACCGCCCCCCAUGAAGGUAUUUGACCAGCCUAUGUCUGCGGCAGCUGCCCAGGGGGUCCCUGGUCCUACCACAGUGGCCUCAGGCCCCCCAAUACCACCUCUCGACAAUAUUCUUCCUGAUGCCCCCAACAGAUCAUCGAGUGUAGCCCUGAAGACAACGGAAGGGACCACGACAGACCUGGCCACGGAGAUAGAGAACAUUGUCAAGGAGAAGAUGGAACAGCAUUCUGAAACUAGUGAACGCUUGAAAGAAUGGAGAAGUUCAGGAGAUGGGUGCUCUGGUGAUGAAGCCUCGUCUCCCUUACCCUCUCAAGGUGCUCUCUUAACCUCUCAACUGUCAGAUGAUGCCGAUUUGGGGGCCUCAGCCCUACCUCAUUCACUUCUUGUACAAGAUUCUAGUCCGGGUGAUUGUGAUAUGACAAAAGAACAGCGAGAACUUCAUAAACGACAAUUUGUAAUUGCGGAGUUGGUGGAAACAGAACGUCUUUAUGUCCGAGACCUAGCAGAUGUAGUUGAAGGUUAUAUCAUAGAGAUGCGUAAUCCAGAGUCAGAGGUAAAAAUGCCAGAAGACCUGAAAGAUGGGAAGGACAAGAUGGUAUUUGGAAAUUUGGAAGCCAUUUAUGAGUGGCAUAGAGACUUCUUUAUGAAGAACAUAGAACGAUGUUUAGAACACCCAGAAGAAAUUGGAGGAGUUUUCCAACGCAGUGAGAAGAGGCUUCAAAUAUACAUAAAGUACUGUCAAAACAAACCUACAUCCGAAUAUAUUGUAUCUGAGUACUCCAAUUAUUUUGAGGAACUGAGACAAAAAUUAGGCCACAAGCUCCAGUUACCAGAUUUAUUAAUCAAGCCAGUGCAAAGACUGAUGAAAUACCAACUGCUCUUGAGAGACAUCCACAAACAUACAGAGAGAGCUGGACUACAACAGGAAGCAGAGAGCAUCAAAAGAGCGCUGAACAUCAUGAUUGUUGUACCAAAAGCGGCCAAUGACAUGAUGAAUGUUGGACGGUUACAAGGUUUUGACGGCAAAAUUAUGUCUCAGGGCAAACUCCUGCUAUAUGGCCCAUUGUUGUGUUGUGAAGGAACAUCUGGUCACAAUUUCCGAGGGAAAGAUUUAAUGGUGUUUUUGUUUGAACAAUCCAUCAUCUUUUCUGAAAGUGGUCGGAAGAAGAACCAAUUUUCUAAUCCAGUUUAUGCAUAUAGAAGCCAUUUACAGGUCAACAAAAUGACAUUAGAAGAAAAGGUUGAUGAUGGAGACCCAUUGAAAUUUCUGUUGAAGUCGGCCGACCCUCGGAAACCUAACCUCGCUGUUGUGUGUCAAGGAGCCACGGAUGAUGACAGAAACCAGUGGGUUUCACAGAUUAGACACCUUCUUCAAACUCAAAAGGACUUCCUCAAGGCUAUUCAAUCCCCAAUUGAAUACCAAAAGGGGCAAACCAAGAAUGUAACGGAUCAUCCAGAGCGAGGCGGCAGCUGGAAUGCUUCUCUGCGUAAAUCUCUCAGUCAGCCACCCAUUUCACACCGUGCUCCAGUCACAAAAAAGAAAGCUAAUACCAUUGAUAUUCCUUCUAGCCAAAGUAGCAGCAGCAGUAGUGGAUUUAAUGCUCCUACAUCACCUAUGGCAACUGGUUCAUCAACUUUGAGUAUGAGCUCUAAACCACCACCACCUCCACCAGCCCCACCUUCAUCAUUUGAAGGAUCUAGGAUACCUACUUAUGUCCCUAUUAAGAAGCAAGGAUCAGUAGAUAAGCUUGAUGUACCCUCUAGUCCACCCAAACUUAAAAAGAACUUUUUUGAUGGCUUUCGAAGUACCUUACGACCAAGAGUAAAAGCAGACGGGAUAACAAGGGGACAGGGAGAAGAUAUUCCUGAAGGAGUGGAAACUCUUCUUCUGUCACCAAGACAAGAGAGUAAAGAGGACAUUCAUCCUCGAAGAUGGUCAGAGUCGGGAUCUCCCACAAAGUCGGGUGACUGGAGUGUGUCACUUCCCCCUGGGACACUAGUCAAGGUGCUGGCAGAUUUCACCGCAGUCAGAGAGGACGAAAUAUCCGUAACCAGAGGGGAAGUUAUACAAGUAAUUUCAUCCAAUGUCCUACGUGGUUAUCUUGUUCAUCGUGCAGCAAGCAGCAGUAGCCCAGCUGCUGAGGGUUGGGUACCAUCAAAUGUUGUCCUUCCAUCAGCUUACCCUGAUCCACCAACAACUCCUCCUGCCUCACCUACACACACAGGCACAUACUAUGAGUCUCAAGUCAAGAAACAUUGGAUCAAGUUCCGUAAACCCUCUUUCUCUAAAAGAGACCACCAUCCACUAAGAAGAGAAGAAACAGUACACGAGCUGCCGCCCUCUGCUCGAUCUCGCCCUUCAUUUCCCAGUAGGCAGAUGACUGUUUCAUUAAUUAAUCCAUAUCAUUCUGAAAGUGACAAUCACUGUGUACAUCGUCCUGAUAAACCUCCAAGUGGAUGUAUACCUGCCUCGCCAGAAUCUCCCAUCAGAAUUAUAUCCCCUCUAAGAAAUGUGACUGUUUGCCCAGGGGAACCAGCAGAAAUGGUAUGUGUAAUUACUGGUGCUGGGUUUUGGGCAGAAACAACUACAGUGAUAUGGACAGGGCCUCAUGGCCAGCUGACUGAUCCACGUUUUGAAAUGGAACAACUUCGUGAUGGAACAUUGAGACUCCAUGUGGGAAGCUGCCGUGUGACAGAUGCAGGCGAGUACACGUGUACCAUCACUUGUGCUGGACAUUCCAUCGCCUGUUCUGCUCGCAUCAAUCUAGCCCAGGACGUACUUGAGGAAGAAGAGGAGGAGGAAACCAAUGUUAAAAUUUUUAUUAAAGAAGCCAGUGAAAAGGUGGAAUAUGAGGAGGUCGAGGAAGAGAGUGAUGAAGAGCUGAGAGAGACUGCGGACCAGACUCGAGAGCCAUUCACUAAUGACACACUGGAAAAAGUUCAAUGGCGUUCAGGUUUCCAGAGGAAGUACUCGGUUACACAUGACCUCGGGCGAGGGAGAUUCAGUGUGGUGAAGCGAUGCCAACGCCAGCGUGAUGGACGGGAGGUGGCCGCCAAGUUUGUCCGUCGAGGCCGCCAGGAGGAGAAGGAGACGGAGGAGGAGUACCUCUUGCUGCGUCGCCUGCGUCACCCAUCCUUCCCCCGCCCCUACGCCCUCUACACCGCCACACCAAAAUUUAAUAUUCUGGUCAUGGAAUUAGUGAUGGGUUUACCUCUACUGGACUGGGUGUUUACAAGAGAACAGACGACGGAGGCAGAGUGCGCAGUGUUGCUGGUGCAGGUGAUCAACGCCCUCCAGUACCUUCACUCUUGCCGCAUCCUGCAUCUUGACCUGAAGCCAGAGAACUUGCUAAUAGACAUCCUGAGAACAUCAAACAACACUGACUCGUGUGAGAUUAUUAAAGAUGACGGCCCGCCGGCUAUUCGCCUUAUUGAUCUUGGUAGCGCUAGACGAAUGCUGCCUACAGUUCAUAGUGGCAAUACAGAUGCUCCAGGUUCCGUUGAUGGCAGCAUUUCUCCACCUGCCAGUGACUUGAGGCUUCCUGAUGACGACGUCUCCCUGAUGAGAGUGCCCUCUGACCAACUUCCUCCACUGCUUGGUUCCCCGGAGUUCAUGGCCCCGGAAAUGUUGUGUAGGAAUGAUGUCGGUGUCCAGGCUGACUGCUGGAGUGUCGGUGUGCUGAUAUACGUCCUUGUGAGUGGGCGGUCCCCAUUCCUGGGCACGUCUCCGGAAGCGACUUGCAAGAAGAUCCUUUCUGGUGACGUGCGUUACCCCGUGGAGCACUUCGUCUCCGUCACCCAGGAAGCCUGUGAUCUGAUCCGGGACAUUCUGGCGCAGAAGCCAGCAGACAGGCCGCACCUGCAAGACAUACUAGCGCAUCCUUGGUUUAGCAUGGGUGAAUGUGAGAGCGUGUUGCCCAUCCAGAGCCUGGCAGACUACUCCUUCAGGAGGGCCAAGCUGGCGUCCUCAGCGCUCCAGAUCACUCCUCCUCCUUCUUCCUCCAACUGAAUGUUGCUGAACGUUCUCGCUUCUCUUCCUGUAAAUCUUCCUGCUAAUAAUUAUAUUCCGGUUGUGUACAAGAAACUUAUAUACUCAUAAUGUGUGUGAAUAUACUACCCGUGUACAUUUGGUGAUUUGAAUUGUAUAUACUGCCUGCAGGCAUAUAUAUAUAUGUAUGCAUAUAUCGAGGAAAUUAUAUGAGUUAUACUAUAUAUUAUAGGAAAUAGUUGCUUAACAAGGCCUUUACAAAAGGAAUAACUAUGUGUGUAAACAUGUCAGACUGUUGCGAUAUCACUAAUAUUAAUAAUACAGUUGAGGAUAUUUAUUACCAAAGGCAGUAAUAGUCAACAGUUAUCUGGUUUAUGUAUCAUUGUUAAAUAAAUAGUAUGCCAA